UUCGUUCCCAGGGUUCCGUGAGAGCCGUUUGCCCCACCCCACCUCUACAGCGCUAUCUAUCUCAAUGUACAAUUCUCAGAGAAAAAAGGGGGCAAAAAUAAUUCAGAGUAAUACUGCGAAGAAACGACUCCCGUUUCCCCGGCCGGUUGAUCGGAGCAGACGGGGCCUGUCGGCGGUUCAAAUAAGUGUGUCGCCGUUGGACCAGUGAUUGAAAACACCGCGGUAUGUUCAUGUAUCAUGCACAUGUAACCAUAAUCUACCAUACGGAUUCAAAGGGAAUACAAAAAGCUGAGAGACUUGACAGCGGGCUGUACCUGCGCCAAACGGGAAAAUAACGGCGUAUUUCCACAAAUAUCACCUGGAUAUUGCGUUAUAUUCAAGGACAUCCAACUGCCAAAAGCCGCCGAAGCUUUCCGAUGUGAGGAGAAAUACAAAUUAACGUUACAGAGAGAAAAAGGACGGAGAAGGGGCCUUUUUGGGUCUGGUCAAACCCUCCGAAAAAGCAGCACCAGCAUCUAUUGACGGGGAGAGGAAAUAAUUCUGACAUCGUCUGAAAACAGGAUAUUAUUGAUAAGAUUGCUACAUCUACGACGACAGCCCCCCCAACCAAAAAAAAAAAAAAAAAAAAAAAAAGAAAGAAAGAAAAUCCGUGUAUAAUGUGACGGAUUUGAGAGACGGUUGUGAUAGAGAAAGAAGCCCCGGUGUAGCCUGAUGAUUCACAUGCCGUCAUUUUAAGAGGAAAUAUUUAUUUUUUAUUUUUAUUUUUUUUCUGCCGCCCUCUGAUGUGAUUUGGUUAAGGUGGAGAAAGGAUUGCAAACAAGCCCUCCUCCUCCAAAAAAGUAAUUAUAAAAAAAAAAAACCCAAAAACAUAAAAUACAUAGUUAAAGGGAAAAGGACGAGAAAAAUAGGGCUGUGAGUGGAAAUGAAUUGAAUGGCAGUGUGAGGGAUCUGCCGAAGAUGGGCUCCGGAGGAGACGUUUGCUGAGAAAAAUAGAAUUUAAAGUCUACAGUAAAUAAAUAUAUAUGAUUUAAAAAGCCGGCGUUUACAUGUAAAACGCCUUUCGGUAACAAACGGGACGUUCAUUUAUUGGAAGGCUGGAGAUUUUCCAUCCACUCUCAUAUCAGUGUUGAUGACUUCAUUGCGGAUUUACAGUGAAAAACACAGGAAUCAAGCGUCUGAGAGGGCGGCAUCGUUGCUCUGCUCCCUUUUUGAUUGAUCUCUGGUUGAUAAAUUGCCAGUAAAUAUCCACAUCCAUCCACAUUGUGCCAAGCCCGGUGGAGCCCACCUUUUUAUAUAUAUUAUAUUAUAUAUAUAUAUAUAUAUAUAGAAAACCGGUUUACAUCUGUUUUAUUUUGCAUCUGGCGACAUAAAUGUCACCCAUUUUGAGCCAGGUGUUUCUCUGUUGGGCCAGUCUAGGCAUUUAGGAUUGAUUGAUUUUCCUUCUGAUCAACCAACCCACCCUCCUUCCCUUCCUCCCCCUCCAACCAAACCCACCCACCCACCAACCCUGCCUCCCUUGAACCUAUCUGCUGGGUUUUUGGGAAGAUGGGCUGUCUUGGCAAUAGUAAGACUGAAGACCAACGAAAUGAGGAGAAGGCACAGAGGGAAGCCAACAAAAAGAUAGAGAAGCAGCUCCAAAAAGACAAACAGAUAUACCGGGCAACUCACCGGCUACUACUAUUAGGUGCCGGUGAAUCUGGGAAAAGCACGAUAGUCAAACAGAUGCGAAUACUGCAUGUUAAUGGCUUCAACGCAGAGGAGAAAAAACAGAAAAUUCAUGAUAUUAAAAACAACAUUAAAGAAGCUAUAGAGACGAUUGUGGCUGCCAUGAGCACACUCACACCCCCAUGCCAGUUAGCCAGUCCAGCAAACCAGUCCCGAAUCGAUUAUGUCCUGAACCAAGUAACCCAGAAGGAUUUUGAGUUUCCUUCGGAAUAUUAUGACCAUGCAAAGAGCCUCUGGCAGGACGAGGGUGUACGGGCCUGCUGGGAAAGGUCCAAUGAAUAUCAACUCAUUGACUGUGCACAAUACUUCUUAGACAGGAUUGACGUGGUCCGGCAGAACGACUACACCCCAACUGACCAGGACCUGUUGCGAUGCAGAGUACUGACAUCUGGGAUCUUCGAGACAAGAUUUCAAAUAGACAAAGUCAAUUUUCAUAUGUUUGAUGUUGGAGGGCAAAGGGAUGAACGUCGGAAAUGGAUCCAGUGUUUUAACGAUGUGACGGCUAUCAUUUUCGUGGUGGCGAGUAGUAGCUACAACAUGGUAAUCAGAGAAGACAAUCAGACCAACAGAUUACAGGAGGCCCUCAACCUUUUUAAGAACAUUUGGAACAACAGGUGGCUACGGACCAUUUCGGUAAUCCUCUUCCUGAACAAACAGGACCUGCUCGCUGAGAAGGUUUUGGCAGGGAAAUCUAAAAUAGAGGAAUAUUUCCCAGAGUUUGCACGCUACACUACACCUGAUGAUGCAAUACCAGAACCAGGUGAAGACCCACGUGUCACAAGGGCAAAGUACUUCAUUCGGGAUGAGUUUCUGAGGAUCAGCACAGCCAGCGGGGAUGGACGGCAUUACUGUUACCCUCACUUCACCUGUGCAGUCGAUACAGAAAACAUUCGCCGCGUCUUCAACGACUGCCGCGACAUCAUACAGAGGAUGCAUCUACGGCAGUACGAGCUCUUGUGAUGGGCAGCGUGAUGAAAGACUUCGGCAGCGUCCAGUCCGGUCUACUUAUCUACCUACUGACCUACCUAUGUACUCCACCCCCUCUCCCCUCGACCAGUUAGCCAAUCACCCCCUCCACCUCCACCACCUUCAACAAACACCCGAGCGACUGUGCGCCUGCCCUCCACCUCCACCUGCUUCUCCUACUUCUGCCAGUAACACACUUUCAGAUCAAACAGUGGGAAGACUUUCUUAAAGGAUGCACCGACAACAGUUUCAUCAACUAUAAGCCAGGACCGCUGUACUCUGCUACACUUUGACCCUAAAAGAGGGUGAAUCCCUCAGUGCAGGCUAUCCCUCCUUUUAGCUCUUAUUCUCUCUCAGAUAUAUCAAUACACACUCUCACACUAAAGCAGAAGACAUGAGCCACACACAAACACACACGGACCCUUUUAAACCAGGGUCCUCCUGCUUUUAAGUCGACACAGGCUGAAUGAAAUAAUGCAUUCUGAGAGAGAGGAGUUGAUUCACUACGCGCUGAAGACGAACCAGGAGAACACAGUGACGGGUGGUGGUGAACUGAUAACAGAGGAGGGCUGUGAGCCUUUUCGUGCUGACUGAUUUAAACGGCUCCCUGUGGACGUGAGCGUGACUUGAACAUAUGAUCACACAGCUCACAUGACCCACUCUUCAAGAAACCAUCAAGGAGGGAUGGCGAAAACAAGAGAAAAGGAAAAAAAAAAAAAGAAAAUACCAUAUAAUGCAUAAAUUCAUGCAUACCAGUGAACUUCAUGCAGUGCAAAAAAUCCAAGCUAUAUAUAUAGAUAUUUAUAUAUGUGUGUAUAUAAAUAUGUAUAUAUAUAAAUAUAAAUAUUAUAUAUUCCUGUAAUAACACAAUUCAACUUUUAAGUUUUAAGUUAGUUUUUACCCCAUGUUGUGUGUUGGUGUACACUGUGUGUGAUCUGCCUUUGUGCACCAUUGAAACCCCCUUGCCUACACACACAUACAUAUAACAGUAUAUCUAUAUAUACACAGUACAUCCUCCAAAGCCCCUGCUGCUAUUUGACAAAUAUUUAACACAAAAUAAAGGAAAGUUAUUUAAAAAGGAAAGAAACCAAUGGAAAGCAUGAAGUAAAAGAAACUGAUUAUCAAGACUGGAUGCAACAUUUAUACCUGGGAGCAGAGACACACACACACACACACACACACACAUACACACACACACACACACACACACACACACAGGCACUCCUCAGACCUGGCAUUAACAUGUAUUUUUAGUGAUUGCAUCACAAGUGGACAACUCUAAUGGUAGAUGAGAAUGUGCUGAAGAGGCAUUGAGAUGUGAUCGGUCAGACACAGUCAGAGUUGUUUUGGACAUCAUUCUAUCAUCAGUAUGAAUGUGUGUGUCCAGGGUAAGACCACCUUACUCAGCUGUUAGUGCAUUCAAUGUUUUAAAAACGUCCAUGCUCUCUGAGCCGUCUGGAACGACGCGCCACCACUUUAAUAGAAUAUUCACACAUCAUAUUAUCAGGUAAAAUUUUAUUUACAUAUUUGAAGCGUGCGUGUAAAAUAUCAAGAAGGCUAUCAAUAAAGCGCACGACACGCAAGAGAAGGAAGUAAAACAAAUGAGAUGGUCUUUGUCGUCAUAUCGAUAUUCAGGGUGUGUCGAUUGAUUCACAAUAUCAACUCAGGCAUUCAGUAGUGAAUUAAAUCAUUUUUCUACAGUAACUAGUAAAGUUUUCAUGCAGUAUUUACACUUUUGAAGGUUUCUUUCUUUGUGAUGCAUUUUCAGAGAAACACUACAAUGGUAGCCUGUUGAAGCUCAAAUGUGUUAUGAGAUGUAGGAGGAUCUAAUUGCAGAAAUGGAAUUUAAUGUUCAUAACUAUGUUUUCAGUCAUGUACCUUAGAUUGAGUCCUUCGUACAUGUUUUUACAGUAGUUCAGAACAAAAUUUUCCAUUUUAGUGGCAUCCAGACUUAAGGUGCAAUAACUAUCAUCUACUGCAUCUGAGUAGAACAGAUGUAAUAUCCUCUUACCAAAAAACCCAGAGCAAGACAAACACUGGCUCUAAUAAGGGACUUUUUGACUUUUCAGAGGGGGGUGUUCAGGCAGUUGCAAUGUGCAUCGUAACCACUAGAUGUCAAUAAAUCUCACACUGAAUCUAAGCUUGUUUGCCACUUAUGUGUGUUUUAAACCAUUCAAGCUCGUUCAUUUGUUGUGCAGGGAGACUGGAUCUGAUCUGUUGAGAAUCUCCCACACACACACAUUUUAAUGCCAGGUGUGACCAGACAAACUUAGAGCCAUCCACUUGUGAUCGGAUCAGGGAGAAAACACAUGUUCCAGCCAGGUGUGAACAGGGUCUAACACAUGGAUACACAAACACACGCUCCAGCCCUCAUCAGUCAGCCCCCUCCCCUUCUCCACUCGUCCCACCUCCCUUUCGUCUUGUUCUCUCACCUCUCCCGGUCCCACUUCCCCUCCCUGGCUUUAAGUAUGUCUGUCUUUAUUUUACUGCUGGACUAUUAUUCUUGUACAGACUGUAAAAUGUAUUAUUUUGUACAACUUUAUUGAAGAAAAAAAAUAACUUGUAGAAGAUCCCUGUGCCUUGAUCACGACUGUACGUGUAAAAAUGAGCUAAUAUGUAAGUUAUGUUUCACUGCGCUGUACAGCUGGACGGGUCUGUCCCACCUCGUCCGUGCUAGCUCACCCCCCGCUGGGGGCUGGGGGAGGGGCAUCGGAUUGGGGCGGAGGCCUUUCGUCUGUUGCUUAGUUUCCAUUUUCCCACAUUUGUUUGUUCGUUGAUUCAUUUGUUUUGCUUUGACUCUCCUCUGGUUUAUAUAAUACGAUUUGAAAAAAAUGAAGAAAAAAA